AUGCUAGAGUUUGAACUUCAGGAUACCGGCAGCUAUAAAUUCGGAUAUUCUAUCGAUGAUGGUUGGGGAUCAUCUAACGGAAGAUGGGAAGCCGGUGACGCUUUCGGGAACAAACGCGGCGGGUACACGAUAACAGAUGCCGAUGGGCGCAAAAGAUACGUACAAUACGUCGCAGACGAAAAAGGUUUCCGAGUCGUGAUCAAUACGAACGAGCCUGGAACAGCGCCCUCACACACUGGAUCCGCCAUUACAAAGCCUGCAGAGACAAAAGAUGAGGUCGAAGACGAAGCAUUGUUGCAGAGGCUCGAUGCGAAACACGACUCGUCGGACGAAACGGUCCGGCUUCACUCCUCUCACGAAGAGGAGUUCGAGCUCUCCAAUAAGCAUCCAUCCGAUGAAAUAGAUCAGUAUCCAGCACACACUCAAGCCCAUUCUGCCCACGAUCAUGAUUCAGCAUAUAGGACAGGUGCUUCAGCUCCUAUAGAAAAGUCCGCUCUCACGAUAGAGGACCGCGAACCCUUGAUCGUAUCCAAGUCUGGCUCAAUCGCAUCGCUCCGUCCAGAACUGCAUGUAUCACCCGUGCCAGUCCGAGACGUGCCUGGCUACUUUUCUUCAAGCAACACGCUGGCUAGCGAAUCAGUAUUUGGCAUUCACCAAGCGGAGAAAGCCGUUGUCCCCGGCGCGACAGCUUCAGAAAACGGAAUCGGGGUCGUUUUGAAGAAUCCUCCGAUCAGAAGCACCGGCUGGUCAAGCAAGAAGGAGUUCUACCGCGAAUAUCUGAGAAAGAAAUACGCUAAUCAGGAGAGACUUGCCUCACGACCGAGACAAGUGACAGUUGAGCACACGGAACCGGUAGAUCCGAAAACGCUCCUCACCUACGAUAGAGGGUUAUUGCCCUUCGAUUAUUCACAUUUGAAGCGAAAGCUGAUAGCAGAGGACGAUGAGACUGCCGUCGAAUCCUUCAUACCGAAGUCGAGCGCUCUUCUUCAUUCGGCGCACCAUAACAAUCUGAAUGACGGGAAAUACGAAGGGAAGAUAUCAGAUCUGCGGAACUCAAUACCUGGUGUCUCUUCGGAGCCUGUGUUCCCCGUCAACGUAGCUCCUCUGGGUCUCGCUCCGGUCAGCUACGCAAACCCGAGUCGCCACGCUCCGCAAGCUCAGGUGCCUAGCCACUAUCUUUAUGGGACUCCCGACUCAUCCAAUGAAGACGCUCUUGAAGACUACCCCGCGUUGAGAUUCCUCAAGAAAGAAUAUCCCGUCAAUUUGAAAGCGUCCGCAUCAUCUAGAAGCUUCAAACGCACCUUCGUCAAGCGCACGGGUUUCACGCCUAGGAAAUAUGACGAGCCCGAGAAGAGCCAGCCUUCGAUCAGCGGCUCUUCGAGAGUGAAGUCUGUAGCUUCUCCGAUCUUCUCCCACGCUGGCGGACGCAGACGGAAUACCGACAGUCAUCAUUGA